AUGGAUUACAGAAAGACGGUGCAUGUUCCUCAGCUUAGCAACGAAAUGCAGCUGAAUGUCAUGAACUGGGUGAAAUCAGGCAAAAUGAGUAUCGAUGAAGUUCUGAUUCGGGCUAACAAUGGCACGUUACACAAGCAGAGGAACUUUGAGCUGGAGGAAAAACAGUCACAGUACAACUUCAGUGUUCGUAAGUUCAACCGCUACAUAUGGCAGAAACGGGUGUUGCAGAUUGAUUUCAGCACAAGCCUUUUGUGCAGCAUUGAGAAAGGCAUUGUGAAACGGCAGCUCUGUUUUUCUGAGGUGAAAAACUGCCAUGAUGCACCAGGUACCAGGUUCUCGAUUUCGUUUAGAGAUCGGUCUGACUAUGAGCUGGAAGCUGCGUCCUUAGAGGACAAGCAGCAGAUCAUGCAGCUGGUAAAUCAGGUCAUCUACAGUAACAUAUACAGCCCUCUUGUGAACGGGAACUCUGUUGAAAUGCAAACUUCACACUUGCCUCCAACUCCUGACAACCUCAAAGAGGGCCACCUAUUACUGCAGAGAGGAGGACUGGCAUCAUUCAAAUGGAAGACAUACGAGGCUAAUCUUCAGACUGGUCAGCUGACCUUGUUCCCAGUCACUCAGCAGUCUUCCAGCAGUGAUGCAGGUGUGUCUGUUUCCUCCAGCGAGUCUGUCUGGAGUUUCUCAGAGAUUUACGCCAGUGUGGAUGAUAUCAGGUGUACUGGGGGUGAUGGGGCAGCUCUUGUCAUCCAUCUCUCCGACGGUAAUGUCAGGGUGGACACCCCCUGCAACACAGACACCUUCACACUGCACAACAACAAGAAUGACUUUGUGUUCCGAAUACCAAAAAGUGACCACAUAACCCCACAGGCCAUAACAAAUGAGCGAGAUGCCUGGGUGAAAGCGAUCAAACAGCUAUGUGUGGACUGGAAAAGAAAGUCACAUCUUGAACACUUCUAUGAAGCCCCUGAAAAAGAUCUCACUGAUGUUACAGAGUCAGAAAGUAAGACACAGGACAACCACGUGCCGCUUGCACCUCCACCGGUGCCACAUUCACUGAGACCACGCUUGCCCAAAACAUCCCCGAAUGUUCCUGCAGCUUUUCCAGCAGCACCAGAGCCAGAAACCGCUUCCCUGGAAGCAUCAGAAGCAGAACCGAAGCCAACCCUUACAGCACAGAGCAGAGCUGUGCGCAAGCCAGACCGGACGCCCUCAGCAGUGCCCGUGACCUCACCAGUGGCCACGUGCUCAUCACCGGCUCCGUUUGUUUUGCCCCCACCGUUGCCUGUGCCGUCAGCAGUGCCAGGUCCUGUCCCUCCUGCCCCUUUGCCCCCUCCGCUGCCCAUGAAAUCCAAGCCGCUUUCAGAGAGGACAAAAGCUUUUCACUGGGACCUGGUGGCUCAGGAUAAGAUCGAGAAGUCAAUGUGGUCUCGCAGGAACCCCAGGAAGAUUGAAAUUGACUCCUCGCGCUUGUAUGAGCUGUUUGGAGUGAGAGAGAGGGGCCGCGUCUGCAGAUCAGAGUCCAUCAGUACUAUGGAAAUCAUGUUGAACUCAAAGAUCGCUCACAAUUUCAAUAUUUUCAUCAAAAGUUUCCCUGUGCAUCCAAAAGAGCUCAAGGACAAAUUGUUGAUUAUAAAUGAAGAGGAAGGGGGUCUCUCCGACGAGCAUAUCGCCUCUCUCAGGAGAUACGUGCCCACUCCAGAUGACAUUGAGAUGUAUAAAUCGCAUAAAGGAGACCCUAGUGAGCUGCAUGUGGUGGACCAGUACAUGAUGGAGGUAAAGCCACGCCUCACGCUGACAUCACACUUAAUCGCUGAAAUAAUGGAGCCGAUAACAAGGAGUGAAGGUUGCGAUGGAAACAGACGGGCAUAUGGUCUGACGCUGAUUAUCCAGAAGAUCCACAUGUGCCAGCAGCUGUGGGCUUGUGACUCAUUUGUCAGCGUGCUGGAGUACCUUCUGGCCGUGGGCAAUUACCUCAACCAGAACGCAGGCAAGGACAGGGCCAAGGGAUUUCGCCUCUCGUCCUUAACUAAGCUUUCUCAGCUGCGCGGGAACAAUCGGAAGUUCACCUUGCUGCAUGCCCUUGUGGAGCAGAUCAUGUUGCGAGAACCACGUUUGGCCACCUUUUUCCUGGAGCUUGCAGAAUUCGAGACUGUUCCUGGAGCUUCAGUUAAAGGUCUGACAGCAGAGGUGGACGUAGUGAAGAAUGAAUUUCAGAAGAUCGUCCAGUACAGGAAAACAUACAGUAAAAGUAAAAUCGAAGUCAAUCAGCACCCCAAAUUCUUCAAAGACUUAAAGGCGGCCAUCGAGAAGCAUGAGGCCGAUCUCAGACAGCUGAUGAAAAGGUGUGAGGAGAUGAGGAAGCUCUACACUGACAUAUUGAUAAAAUUCGGAGAGCCUUUGGAUCAAGACUCCCAAGAAGUUUUCGGAUGGAUUUGCCAAUUUAUCAGUGACUUCAAGAAGGUGUACUCUGAAUACGCUCAAUGA